CCUCACCUAUCUCCGGACACUUGCAAAGCUUCACACAUCAGCAUCAGACACUGCCUCCAUCAUACACUCACCAGAGGCAAAGGAGGGUACAGACCAGGCUCUCUUCAGGAAAGCAAGACGCAGCUACUGCGCGGGCGAUUGUCUCAUUUGGAGCCCAACCCCCUCACGGGCGAAGGGCCCUGCUUGACCCUCUGGCCACCUCACCCUCCUCGGAAGACUGACCCGCCAUGGCCUUCUCUGGGGCUCUGACCCUCACUGAUCUCAACGACUACCUCGGCCCCUCGCAAGCAUGUAUCAAGCCAGUAGAGGGUAAAGAUGCACCCGACGCCUCCUUCAUCCCCGAAGAGGACCCACACGCAGCCUCGACCCAGAUUGCAGUCGAGUCAUCAGGCGUGUAUGAGACCAAUGGGGACUCGGCACCUGGUGGGGCAGCCCCGUCCUCGUCACAAUCAAAGCCGAGGGCGAGAACCAAGCUGGAAGCGGCAGAAAUUUCGCUGAACGACUGUCUGGCUUGCAGCGGGUGUGUGACCAGUGCAGAGAGCGUCCUGAUUGGCAUGCAGAGUCUGGAGGAGAUCAGGAGAGUGGUAGAGGAGAACAUGUCCGCAACGCCGGAAGAGCGCAAGCUGCUCGUAGCCUCUAUCUCGCCACAAUCUCUGGCAUCAUUGUCAGCACGCUAUUCGCUUCAAGAUUCUUCUCUACCAUCAAGCUCCACCGCAUCACAAGCAUACGUUCCGCUGCCAGUCAUAAUCUCACGCAUCACACACUUCCUUCGAUCUCACUUCGCAUUUGACGUCGUGCUAGAUACGACUUUCCCGCGCCACUUGGCCUUGCAAGAGCAUGCGCAGGAAUUCUUUCAACGGCGAGAGCACACCAAGAGCCACCCAGACGAGCUAGCACAGCUUCCCAUGCUCGCGAGUGCCUGUCCGGGCUGGGUAUGCUAUGCUGAGAAGACGCACGGAGAGCUGCUUCCCCUGGUAGGCAGAACGAAGAGUCCUCAGCAGGUGGCCGGAAGUCUGGUCAAGAAGUGGUUGAGCACGCAACUUCCCGCACCGGCUCAGAGAGGCGAGGGAGGAGGGAGUGGACAACGAGGUAUCUACCACGUGACCAUCAUGCCCUGCUAUGACAAGAAGCUCGAAGCUUCCCGACCAGACUUUUACGAUGAGCUGCUCGGCACCAGAGAUGUAGACUGCGUCAUCACCACUGGAGAGCUGGAUCGCCUGAUGCUCGAGGAAGGCUUUGACAUCACACAACAAGUAGAGGUCGAAGACUUUGCGUCGCAGCUGCUCCCUUCUCUGCUACACGAAAAUUCGCCGGGAAGCUCGUCUGGCGGCUAUCUCUUCAGCCUCAUGCAAGAGGUCUGGAGGGAGUAUCUUUCUACGCACCCAGACCUCACAAUAGCAUCUCCCUCCCCGCCUCACGUCGACUUCAAGAUCAUUCGCACCAGUGACUAUACCGAGUACACACUGCGUGCCCCUUCUUCCGGCUCCAAUAGAGGGGGUAUCCUUUUCAGAGGCGCUCAUUGCUACGGAUUCCGCAACUUGCAGAACUUGGUCAGGAAGGUUCAGCGACAGGUCGGCGUCAAGAGUCGCAAGAGCGGCGCUGCGGGGACAUUGACUGGGGCGGACACGAGCGAGGGUGCUGGUCGAGCGGGAAGGGGGAGGGCAGGACGUGGGAGGGUGAUGCGUGGUGGUGGGCUUCGAGGCAGAGGUGUAGCGCGAGGAGGAAUUGUGCGCAAAGCCCGCGAUGGAGAUGUUUCGAAUGGCUCAGCGUCAUCUGCAUUGGUCAAUGGCGACGAUUCUGAUAUGGCAGCGGUCCCUGUCGCUUCCACACCCGAGGAGGAAGAGCAAGCCCACGGCUAUGACUAUAUCGAAGUCAUGGCCUGUCCCUCGGGCUGCGUCAACGGAGGUGGGCAAAUCCGACCUCCCACCACGGGUGAGGCAGGCAAGGCGAGUGGAGUCUCGAUGCUCACCUCGAGCGGCAUCGUUGAAAGUACCGAAGCGCAAGUCGAUACGCCAGGCACUGGCAAUGGCAGCAAGAGCGACAGUGUCACUAUCGGCGACGUCCUGCGUCCGAAGCUCGACUCCCUUGCGAUGGAUCUAGACCCGGAGGGUUACCCCCGUGCACAAGAGCAUCCCGCUCCCCCUUCCUCUUCGGCAUUCAGCGACAUUCGUUCUGCCUCUGGCUUCUCCACCCCUGUGGACACAGCUACAGGUACAGGGGCUACCACGCCUCUUUCUACAGGAGAUGGAGAGCCGCCCAUGACUUCUGGUUGGCAGGGAACGAGUAAGGAGUGGGUCAAGAGGGUAGAGGAGGCCUACUGGUCGACUGCGGGUUCCACUUCGACAUUGCACUCCUCUGCUCCGGCUAAGAAGCUGGCUGGUGCGGCGAAUUCGCGCAGUCGUACCCAAGCACUGCUCGCUUCGACUACCGCAACUCCCUCUGCCGUAGGAAUGGAGACGGACAUAGACGAUGAGCAAAGAAAGCGUAAAGAAGAGCUGGAUGGGCUCACGCGCGAAGUGUUGAGCUUUCUUCGUAGUCAGGGCAAGGGGGAGGGAGGUCUGAUGCGGACAGACUAUCGCGCCGUCGAGGAGGAAGGAGCGGUGAAUGGUUUGGCUGUUCAGUGGUGAGAGCCUGUCCAGAUUCUUCCCCCUUCUACUUCCAAUCAAUAGACAAUAUGCUGUGGAGCUUGCCAAAUUGUACAUUAUAUUUUGCAAUCAUUGUCGCAAACAAGCAGAGGAUC